AAUAUAUCACUUUCAUACAAGUGAGCUCUUGAGGUGUAUUCAAAUGGUUGAUCUUAAAGAGGGGAUGCCAGUCUCCUCAUCUUCAUCCUCCCCAUCAUCAUCUUUGCCACUAUCAACAAUGCAAAUAGAUGUAGAAAUGUGGAAGAUUGCUGAGGAAAGGGCUCAGGAGAUACUAAACACCAUCCAACCAAUCUGUGUUGCAGACAGAAGUAGGAAUGAGAUCUUCGCUUAUGUCCAAACCCUUGCCAGGGAUCGUCUUGGAACUGAGGUCUUUAAUUUUGGUUCAGUGCCAUUAAAAACCUAUCUCCCAGAUGGAGAUAUUGAUCUGACAGUCCUAACUCCUCAAGAUAAGGAGGAGGACUUGGCUAAAGCAUUGCUCAGUAUUCUUGAAGCUGAAAGCGGAGAAUCUAACUUCCAUGUUACUGAUGUUCAGUAUGUCCCAGCACAGGUCAAGGUCAUAAAGUGCAAGAUCAAGAACAUUGCUGUAGAUAUCUCCUUUAAUCAAAUGGGAGGACUAUCUGCUUUAUGUUUUCUGGAGCAGGCUGACCAAAUUUUUGGGAGAGACCACCUGUUCAAACGUAGCAUCAUUUUGAUCAAGGCUUGGUGCUAUUAUGAGAGCCGUAUACUCGGUGCCAACACUGGAUUGAUUUCAACAUAUGCAUUGGCAGUACUAGUCUUGCAUAUUAUCAACAUAGGUUAUCCAUCACUGUCUGGCCCUUUAGCGGUACUGUUUAAGUUCUUGGAUUACUAUGCAUCAUUUGAUUGGGGUAAGAACUGUGUCACGGUCCAUGGUCCUGUCCUGAUAUCUUCUCUUCCAGAUAUGACCGAAACCGAGCAUCAUGAAGUUGUCUUGAACGAGAAGUUCGUUAGAGAAUGCAUGGAGUCAUAUUCGUUUUCAACUAAAGCUGUUGAAGCAAACGGCCGUCAUUUUCCUGUGAGGUAUUUCAACAUAGUGGAUCCUUUGAAACACAGUAACAACCUUGGCCGUAGUGUGACACAAGGCAAUGUGCAACGUUUAAAACAUGCUUUUACUCUAGGAGCUAAGAAGCUCAAAGAUGUGCUUACACUGCCUAGAGAAACCAUGGGCUGGAAACUUGAGAAUUUCUUUGGUAAUUCACUGGAGAGAAACGGUAAGGGACAAAGACUAGACGUGGAUGAACCUAUCACGGCUUUUGGCACUGGAAGAUCAGAAUUAUCUGAGCUCAGAGGAGAUUUUGAAAGAUACUUCCAGAGUCUUGUAUAUGGGAAGUGGUUUCAUGGUGAGACUCAUUUAUGGAUCCCUCAGGGUCAGGACACAAGUUCUUGGGACACUGUGAAUGGCCAAAAUAAUGGUUUCUAUUGGAGGAAUGUGAAUGGAGCAACCUCGUUGCAGAACAUGGGAAGAUCAAGAGGAACAGGCACUUUCUUUCCUGAAAUGGGACAACAAUCUUAUACAGACGGGUUCGGUAGCCAACCGAGGACAGUGAAGUCAUUGCCUUCAGGGUCUCAGUCUUAACUUUUUAAACAGAAUAUUUAAAUUGAUCUCUUGCAUAAUAACUUAGGUUUAAACAAUGAC